CGUUCUUUCGUCUUCCCCAGGAAAAUUUUUCCAUAUCAGUCCAUUGUCCACCUUACCUACCACUGCCACCCUGCUGCUGCCGAAUUUCUAAAAGCUACCCACUCAACUCAACAACCCUUUCGUCAGGCUCCACCAUACACGAAUAUAUUGCCAACCGGAAGUUGGUUGGUGAAGUUUCAUACAUCAGAAAGAAACCCAAUCCGAGUCAAUACUUGCUCGAGCUACCCACCAACUAAGCUCACCAAACCUCAAAUUUCCCUCUUUUCCCCUGUUCUCGCGAUCCCUCUUCUUCAAGGGGUGCCACGGGAAUUCUUCAGUUUUCAGAAAUAAAAAGUGGAGCAAUUUCAAAUUUCGUGUGAGGUAAUGGCGCAGGUUACCAAAAUCUGCAGCGGAGCUCAAAGCCCGGGUUGUUUUCCCAUCCUAUCUGAAACUCGAAGCCCCAAACCCCUCUCGUCGUGGGUUUCCUUUCGGUCGCACUCUGUUGGGUCUUCAAGGUUUGCAGGUUUAAAGCAAUGUCGACGAUUGGGUAAUGUGGGUGCAGUUACCGCUCCUCCUCCUCUUCGGGUUUCGGCUUCGGUUGCCACUACCGAGAAACCUUCUAAGGUGCCGGAGAUCGUGUUGCAGCCAAUCAAGGACAUAUCCGGCAUUGUCACUUUGCCCGGUUCUAAGUCUCUGUCCAAUCGGAUUCUUCUUCUGGCUGCACUCUCUGAGGGUACAACUGUGGUGGACAACUUGUUGAAUAGUGAUGAUGUUCAUUACAUGCUUGGUGCAUUGAAAACACUUGGACUCAAUGUGGAGCAUAACAGUGAACAGAAGCGUGCCAUUGUCGAAGGCUGUGGUGGUGUGUUUCCUGUAGGUAAGCAGGCAAAGAAUGACAUCGAACUUUUCCUUGGAAAUGCUGGAACAGCAAUGCGACCGCUGACAGCAGCUGUCACUGCUGCCGGUGGAAAUUCAAGUUACAUCCUUGAUGGGGUACCACGAAUGAGGGAGAGACCUAUAGGAGAUUUGGUUGUUGGUCUCAAGCAGCUUGGUGCUGAUGUCGCUUGUUCUUCUACAAGCUGUCCUCCUGUUCUUGUAAAUGGAAAGGGAGGCUUACCAGGAGGGAAGGUUAAGCUUUCUGGGUCAAUUAGUAGUCAAUACUUGACUGCUUUGCUUAUGGCUGCUCCCUUGGCCCUUGGAGAUGUAGAAAUCGAGAUUAUUGAUAAACUGAUUUCCAUACCUUAUGUGGAUAUGACUCUCAAAUUGAUGGAACGGUUUGGAGUCACAGUGGAACACAGUGGUAGCUGGGAUCGUUUCUUUAUCAAAGGAGGCCAGACGUACAAGUCUCCUGGGAAUGCUUAUGUGGAAGGUGAUGCUUCAAGUGCCAGUUACUUCCUAGCAGGGGCUGCCGUAACUGGUGGCACUAUCACUGUUGAAGGUUGUGGAACAAGUAGUUUACAGGGUGAUGUAAAAUUUGCUGAAGUGCUUGAGAAAAUGGGAGCUGAAGUUACAUGGACAGAGAAUAGUGUCACAGUUACAGGGCCUCCACGAGAUGCCUCUGGUAGAAAGCAUUUGAAAGCUGUUGAUGUAAACAUGAACAAAAUGCCAGACGUUGCUAUGACUCUUGCAGUGGUUGCUCUCUAUGCUGAUGGACCUACUGCCAUAAGAGAUGUGGCUAGUUGGAGAGUGAAAGAGACGGAACGCAUGAUUGCUAUUUGCACAGAACUCAGGAAGCUGGGAGCGACAGUUGAGGAAGGACCAGAUUACUGCAUAAUCACUCCACCCGAGAAACUAAACAUUGCUGAAAUCGACACGUAUGACGAUCACAGGAUGGCUAUGGCUUUCUCCCUUGCUGCUUGUGCUGAUGUACCAGUCACAAUAAGGGACCCUGGCUGCACAAAGAAAACUUUCCCUGAUUACUUUGAAGUGCUUGAAAGGUACACCAAGCAUUGAGAUAAUAUAAACUUGAAACGCCACACCCAUUACGCGUUCGCAGCAACUUGGCAACUGGUGGCAUGAGAAAAUUGGGGAGGCAAAACUAGUUUGGCUAUGUGUAACAUUGUAAUGUAAGAAAUUCUGGUAGCAAUUGAUACUAAAUAACAUUUGAUCACUCAUUUUAUCAAAAUUUCCCCAUUUGUCAUUGAGUGUUUCUUCUUUUAUUAGUCUCUCAUUUUAAAUUUUGUUUCAUUUUUGGUCACUAGUUAUUUAACUCCGUUAACAUCAUCAUAAGUGGCGAAGAUUGUAACAUAGAUGAUGUGUUAAUUAAAAAAUAACCAAAAAUAACAAAAUAAAUUAUGUUUUAUUUUUCAAGCCACCAUCACUAAA